AUGGACGCCGCCUCGGCCGCGGUCCGCGCGCGUGCCUUUUCAGAAACCGUUUCUGAGAAAGCACACAUUCAAUUUCACUUGUCAACUGUAUUUAUCACGGUUAACUAUUUCGCUGCGGAGGUGAAAGUUCGGCGACGUCGAUGUAAGUCCUCUCUCGCGAGCGAAACCCGACUGGCGCGCCGCCGUAACGCGUACGCGACGCGCGAAGAACGGGCGCUCGGCCCAGCGCGGCCCAUCGCUCGAGAUCUACGUCGCCCGAUGUGCCCUCGCUUCCAAGAACGACCAACCUUGACGCUUCGUAGAAAUAACACAAGGUAUUGUCACUAA